AGAGACCCCCAGACCCCCUCCGCGGGAAGGCUCACAUGGCUCUCCGGGGCGACACUGGGUGCGGACGACGGUGCAACAAGGACCUUCCAGGAGCUGAAGGAAAACAAGACUUCUGAACGAACAGCGCGUCUGUUGCUGAGGAAAACUGGAGUCAAUCCCUUUAGGUGGCUCUUAAUUAGGCACCAGCUUCUUGAAAGUCUUCAGAGUCAUACGGGAAAGUUCUCCAGUCUAUAUGGCUACAGACCAGAACUUCUCAGGGGGUCAGGAUAAACCCCAAGGCAGCCCGGAGACAGAGCUGCGGCGGUCUAUUCCGUCGCAAGGAGCCCACGACGGGACUCGAGGCAACGGGAUGCAAGACAGCGACUGUGAGACGUGGCACCUGAGCUUCAGGGCUUUUACCGGCUCGGAGACAUCAGACCCCCUUGAGGACCUGAGGAGGCUCGGUGAGCUCUGCUACCUGUGGCUGCGGCCAGACCUUCACACCAAGGAGCAGAUCCUGGACGCGCUGGUGCUGGAGCAGUUCCUGAUCUCCAUGCCCCCGGAGCUUCAGGUCCUAGUCAAGGAAAGUGGUGUGCGGAGCUGCGAGGACUUGAGGGACCUGCUGAGAAGCAACAAGACCCCCAAGACUUGGACCAUAGUCACCUUACAAGGACAGGAAUUUCUUGUACGAAGUUCAGAUGCUCAGAUGGCUGGAGCGGAGGUCAGUGACAUGGACCUUGUGGCAGACUUGUCCAAGAAGCCCCAAUCUUCCGUGAGUGAGACACGUCCAGAGGACAGUGAGGUCAGCAGAGAGCUGCAGAAUCUGCCAGGAGUCGACAAGCCAUCAGCCGGGCAGGCACAGAACGUUCUCCUGCUGGAGACCAUUCCUGGAAAAGGUGUACAGGAGAGUCGGAGACCCAAGGGGAACCUGAAGGAGAAUCUGAUGGAAGAUCCGGAAGAGAGGACAAUACUGAAAUUCCAAGAGCCUCAGCUUCUGGAAGGUCCUGAGACACCAAUUUCCCCUCGGAGUGGGAACAGAAGAGAUUCUCAGAAAAGCCCAAGAAAUCCCAAAAGAAGAAAACUGGACAACACCUCCAUUUCCGAAGAAGUACCUCAAGGAGGGACCCUGUAUUUGGACAAAGGAGAAGUUUCAGCUCAACCUGCGUCCAGCUCGGUCCAUCCUGUUGGGGGGAAAGCCACGGGACAGACACCAACCGUGUGCAGCAUCUGUAAGAGAGGGUUUCGUUACAAAUCCCAGUUUCGCGUUCACUGGAGGACACACACGGGAGAGAGGCCGUUCAGAUGCGACGUCUGCGCGGGGGCGUUCACGCAGACUUCGGACCUCCACGUGCACCAGCGAAUCCACACCGGGGAGAAGCCCUACUCCUGUGAGCUCUGCCACCAGACCUUCACCCAUGACUCCACCCUUCGGAGCCACCGCCGGGUCCACACCAAGGAGAAGCCUUACGCGUGUGCGGACUGCGGGAAAGCUUUCAGCCACAAGGGGAACCUCAACGUCCACCUUCGCACCCACUCUGGGUUGAAACCCUACACGUGUCCCGAGUGCCACGGUGCCUUUCGUCAGUUGGGAACUUUCAAACGCCACCAAAAAACCCACGCGAAGUGACUUCCUGAUGAUUCUGCAGACAAGGCGACCGGGUCCAAGUCCCUUCUGCCCUGAGAAAGAGGUUAAGGGUGUUUUGUCCCCGAUUUUGGAAAAAUGACAGGACAUCUCGAGCACUUACAAGGUUUCCGGAACACAGCAGCUGUCCCGUGAACGUUAAUUAUGAGGAUCUUGGAAUGAUGAUGUCUUCCCUAUUGGUUUUCAUUUUCCAAAGUCUCAUCG